AUGGCGACACCUCUCUACUCGGCCCCGGCGAAGGGCUCUGAGAGCAUCAUUCGCUUAACUGCCAUUGGCCCCGACCGCGCUGCUGAAUCCGAACAAAGUCAGCAUGCCCAGGAGCCUGAGGAUGAGCAGUUUGACAGCCGCCGGAGAAAGGAGUCAUUGUGGAGGGAUCUGGGCGAGACUCGUAUUAAUGCAAGAUUGUUUCUGGGGAGCGGUGCCACCCUUGCUCUGGCGGGACCCUUUGGCGGAGUACUUGCCUACCUUCUUGUGGGAACGGUGAUAUCCUCUGUCGUCUCAUGCUUGGGAGAAAUGACCGCGCUGAUGCCCGUCAACGCCCCCGUCAUGGAGUUUCCUCGAAGAUUCCUUGACCGGGGUGUUGGGUUUGCUGUGGGAUGGAUGUAUUGGUAUGCACUUGCAUUCUUCUUUUUUUCCGAGGUCAACUGCUCACUACGAGCCUCUACUAGGUUCACUUUCGUUGUCAUUGCCGCCCACAAUUUGGUCACGGCCGCUCGCACAGCCAAACUUCAUUAUGAUGACGGCAAAACCUCGCUCGCCUGGGGCAGCGGGGAGGACGUCGAUGUGCACAUUUGGUUUGCAGUCUUUUUACUUGUUGUAAUACUUAUCAAUCUAUUUCCCGUCAAAUGGACUGCUAGCCCGCGCAAACUCAUAUCACGAUACGAUUGGGACUCUCCAUACGAAUCCGUCAAGUCUGUCUUUCAAGUAAAAGGUAGCGACGGAAAUGUUCAACGCCAAAUUAUCGGCUCAACGGGAAAGCUACUUGGGAUGUGGUAA